UCCCGCCCGCCCAGACGCGGGAACGGGUCGACCGGGUCGGUUCCCGGGCCAGCAGUGUGCCCCACGCUGCUCGAGUCCGCCUGGCCCCUCGGCCCCCAAGGAGCCUUUCCGGCGACAGCUAGGCGAUGCCGCGCAGCCGGCAGCCGAGGGUCCGCUCCGGGAACGAGCCUCGCCCCGCGCCCGACAUGGAACCGGCGGGUGACGGGGCCUGGGCCCACAGCCGCGCCGCGCUCGACCGCCUGGAGAAGCUGCUGCGCUGCUCGCGCUGCACUAAUAUUCUGAGGGAGCCCGUGUGUUUAGGAGGGUGUGAGCACAUCUUCUGUAGUGAUUGUGUAAGUGAUUGUAUUGGAACUGGAUGUCCAGUGUGUUACACUCCAGCCUGGAUACUAGAUGUCAAGAUCAACAGACAGUUGGAUAGCAUGAUCCAGCUUUGUAGUAAGCUUCGGAAUUUGCUACAUAACAAUACGCUUUCAGAUUUGAAAGAUGAUACAUCUAGAACAAAUAUAUUCAAUGAUUCGGAAAACAAGAAGAAUUCAAUAAAGAUGUGGUUUAGUCCUCGAAGCAAGAGGGUCAGAUAUGUUGUGAGUAAAGUUUCAGUGCAGACCCAGCCUCAAAAAGUAAAAGAUGAUAGAACUCAGCAAGCAUCAAUGUAUGAAUUUGUUUCUUCAAGUCCUCCUGUAGUUGUUCCUAAGAGGGCUAAAAAGGCUUCUACAACAUCUGCAAAGAAGCAAAAAAAGAAAACUUUAGCUGAAAUCAACCAAGAAUGGAAUUUAGAAGUGGAAAAAGAAGCUGGUGAACUUGACUCCAAAGAGGAAUUUAAGGAAAGGGUGGUAUCCUUCUGUAGCUCACCAUCAGUUAUCACUAGUCCACAGAUAAAUGGUGAAAUAGACUUAUUAGCAAGUGGCUCUGGAACAGAAUCUGAAAGCUUUGGAAGCUUAACUGAGGUCUUUUUACCAUUGGCUGAGCAUAUAGAGUCUCCAGACCUUGAGGGGAAGAAUGAGAUGACUCCUGAGGAGAAAGAGGUCACUGACAGUGAUCUUACAACUAAGGCAGAUUUGGUCUCCGGUCUCCCUGGCAAACGUGGGUGUUGUCGCAGGUUGUCUGGCUCCACGUCUAAGAGAUGUAAAAGCAGCAUUCCAAGCACCAGUGGAGAUUUCGUUAAGCAAACAGUUCUCUCAGAAAACAUGCCAUUGCUUGACUGUUCCUCCCCACCUCCCAGCAAACUUAAAGGGGAUGACAUGACGAAGAGGAAAAACAGUAAUACAUCAGAUGAGUCCAUUAGCCUUUCACCAUGUACACCACCAUCUACACUGAAUAGUUCAAGUUACAGACGAAUGAUGUUGAGCCCCUCUGCGAGGAAGCUGUUGCCUGGUAGCUUUAUGGUUGGGAAAAGAAACCAUAGAGGAGAAACUUUGCUUCAUAUUGCUUCUAUCAAGGGUGAUGUUGCUUCUGUUGAAUACCUCUUGCAAAACGGAAGUGAUCCGAAUGUUAAAGACCAUGCUGGAUGGACACCAUUGCAUGAAGCCUGCAACCAUGGGCACCUGAAGGUAGUGGAAUUGCUGCUCCAACAUAAGGCAUUGGUGAACACCACUGGCUACCAGAAUGACUCACCACUUCAUGAUGCAGCCAGGAAUGGGCACGUGGAUAUAGUCAGGUUGUUACUGUCCUGUGGAGCCUCCCGGAAUGCGGUUAACAUAUUUGGUCUGCGGCCUGUGGAUUAUACAGACAAUGAAAAUAUGAAAUCAUUAUUGCUGCUACCAGAGAAGAAUGAAUCAUCCUCAACUAGCCAUUGCUCAGUUGUGAAUACUGGGCAGCGUAGAGAUGGACCACUUGUGGUUAUAGGCAGUGGACUUUCUUCAGAACAACAGAAAAUGCUCAGUGAACUUGCAACAAUUCUUAAGGCUAAAAAAUGUGCUGAGUUUGACAGUACAGUAACUCAUGUCAUUGUACCUGGUGAUGAAGUUCAGAGUACUCUGAAGUGUAUGCUUGGAAUUCUUAAUGGAUGCUGGAUUCUAAAGUUUGAAUGGGUGAAGGUCUCUCUACAAAACAAAGUAUGUGAACAGGAAGAAAAGUAUGAAAUUCCUGAAGGCCCACAGAGAAGCAGGCUCAACAGAGAACAGCUGUUGCCAAAGCUAUUUGAUGGAUGUUACUUCUAUUUUGGGGGAACCUUCAAACAUCACCCAAAGGACAACCUUAUAAAGCUUGCCACUGCAGCAGGGGGCCAGAUCCUCAGUAGAAAACCUAAGCCAGACAGUGAUGUGACUCAAACCAUCAAUACAGUUGCGUACCAUGCCAAGCCCGAUUCUGAUCAGCGCUUCUGCACACAGUAUAUCAUCUAUGAGGAUUUGUCUAAUUAUCGCCCAGAAAGGGUUCGUCAGGGCAAAGUCUGGAUGGCUCCUUCAAGCUGGUUUAUAGACUGUGUGAUGUCCUUUGAGUUGCUUCCUCUUGACAGCUGAAUAUCAUACCAGAUGAACAUUUCAAAUUGAAGUUGCACAGUUGUGUGAACCUAGCACAAUCUUUGAUCAUUCACAUUUUUACAGAUAGGUAGAGUCAUUCACAUUAUUACUACUACUAUUACUACUACUACUUUUUUAGUUUAAAAAAAAAAAGAUUCCAGAUUAGGAAUUCAUACUCUGUAUUUAGCAUUUAGAUGCUGGGACCACUUUUAAAGAAUUUUUCUUUCUUUACCUAGGAUUAUAGCUCAGUGGCUCAGUAGCUCAGUAGUAGAGCAUUUGCCUAGUGUGCACAAGGCCCUGGAUUUGAUUCCCUAGCAUUGAAAAACACUUUUUUUUUCUUUUUAAGAUGCCUGUUUUUGAUUCAUCAUGUGCUUCUACUCUAUCAGCUGUCAAAGAUUAAUGAGACUAUGAUAACUGUUGGUUAAAUCUGUAAAUGAUAUCAUCAUACUCUCAAUUUUUUAAUAUUCUUUGAUGUAAAAAGUCCACACCUGACAUCACCAAAAAUUACUUUCCAUCCUUUAUUAAGCAGAAUAUUGUCAAAUGAUUUUUUUUUCUGCAUUUAAAAGAGAGUACCUGGUCUAAAUAUACCAUCAUAGGUGUUAAAUCCUUCUAUCUGCAAUUGUCUUCAUUUUAUAUUGUGUGUAUUUAGUUUCUUAUAAUUUUCUUGAAUAUCUGUUUCUUAAUUUUUAUCCCUUUUUAAAUCUUGUAUAUUCAUCAGGAAAUCAUGCUUUGAACCAUGGCAGCAUUGUUUUUUGGGUAGUGAAAAUCAAUGUUAAACCUGUUGUACAUAUUGUUAACUAUCACUUUAUAACUGUUUAUCUGCUAUCUGUUAUCUAUUGUCUAUGUGUAUAUAGAGUAUUUUCUCUGACAUAUUUUAGUGUCAGCAUUCCUUAGAAGGUGCCACCAAUCCACAAAAUUGUCAAUCAGAUGUCAUUACCUUAGAUUAGAAGUAUUUUUUUUUUUCCUGGAAGACCUUGCUAGGUAUUGCUAAAAUAAUUUUUUGUGUUUUGUUGUUUUUAUUUUUGUUUUGCGGGGCUGAGAAUUGAACCCAGGGCCUUGAACAUGCUAGGCAAGUGCUUUAACACUGAGAUACACCCCCAGCCCAGUCUAAAUAAAAAUUUUAGGUUGGCAUGUAGGGUAAAAGUUGGAGAUUAUUUGAUUUAGAAUGGAUUUUUCCCCCCAAGUAAUACGAAAGGGCAUAGCAUUAAAUGUAUAGGUAAGCAUGAGAAGGGAUUGCUCCCGAUACCAAAACAGUCUGUUUUGCAUAGUGGUCAGGGUUAGGGCCAACCUGGGGAGCUUGCUUUAUAUAGUCUGAAUAGAAUACAUGAUUUAAAAACAUUUUUUAUGAAGCAGAAUUUUUGCCUGUUAUGGGGACAUACACCUAUAAUCCCAGCUAUUCAGGAUGCUGAGGCAGUAGGAUCUCAAGUGCCAGCCUAGCCUGGGUAAUUUAGUGAGACCCUGUCUCAAAAGAAAAAGGAGAAAAAACAGGAUUCUUUAUGAAAUCUUUCUUAGAAAUUGAAUGUACUUAAAAUAUUACAGGCUUGGAGAAGGAGAUGCUAUGAGACUGCCACUUUGGUCUCACAAGCCAAAGAGAACAGUUUGAUAACAGUGGAAUAUAAUAUUCCUAAUUUUUAAAUACUGAGAAUCUAUGAGGCUAAUCAAGAUUUGAGACCACUUAUUUGAAACUUGGAGAUUCUGCUGAUAAUUUGAAGAUAUGUUUUAUGUCAGUUCCUUUUUUGACAUAUUACUUUUUUCAUGUCAACAUAUGUGUUAGGUGAACAAAAAUAAUAUUUUUCUGACCCUGACAUUACAGGGUGAAUUAGCUCUGAAGCUCUCUCUCUUUCUACGGCCAUUAAUGUGUUUGUUCCACAUUUCAUUCUGAUGGAGAAUGAUGAACAUCAUUGCACCAAAUGAAUCUGACGAAUUGGAUAAUGUCUGGCCUAAAUAAUUUAUACUCUGGGAUUCGGUUGUCAUUUUGGAUUUAUAACUUAUUUUAAGUCACUUUCUGUUGCUUAUGAUCCUAGGUCACAUUCCCAGACAGGUUUGUAUCUGUUCCUCGCAUCUGAAUUCCUUUUUUGUGAAAACACUUUGGAGUUUCCUGCUCACAUUCCUUCAUUCAUUUUCUAGAUUUAUUCUCCCUCUCUGCUUUCUUUCUCCUCCUCUAAUAAGUAAUAUUUUUGGUUUCUUUAAAUAUUUAUCUUGACAGCAGUUGGUUUAUGUUAAGCUCUUGAAACCUGGAGUUAUUGUAUAGAUAUACUUGUAAUUAUUUUCAUUUUUCAAUCAUAUCUAAGCUUCCUUUUUAUUUACCAAAAAUCAUUAAAGUUAUUUGUGUUUCCAUGUG